AUGUCAGAAGGGGAGAGCAAGGACAGUUCGGGCAGCGAGUGCCCUGUGUGCUACGAGAAGUUCCGGGACCUCGAGGGCGCCAGCCGGACCUUGAGCUGCGGCCAUGUGUUCUGCCACGACUGCUUGGUCAAGUACCUGCUCUCCACCCGGGUGGAUGGGCAGGUGCAGAGGACUAUUGUCUGCCCCAUCUGCCGCUACGUCACCUUCCUCAGCAAAAAGAGCUCCCGCUGGCCCUCCAUGCUGGACAAGAGCUCACAGACCCUGACCGUGCCCGUGGGCCUGCCCUCCAUGCCCACACCGGACCGUGGGGGCCACACAAACCCCCUGGCUGUCUCCCAGCAGGUCUGGAGACAAUCGCCAAGCCAGGGGGCUCAGCUCCCCUUGGACCUGCUGCCCACCCUGCCCCGAGAGUCACAGAUCUUCAUCAUCAGCCGCCAUGGGAUGCCGCUGGGGGAACAGGACAGUGUGCUGCCCCGACGCAGCCUGGCGGAGAUCUCGGAGGCGUCCCCAGCUCCCAGCGCUACCCGCUCCUUCUGCUGCAGGUCUCGGGCGCUUCUGCUCAUCACCCUCAUCGCCGUGGUGGCGGUGGUAGCUGCCAUCCUGCCCUGGGUGCUGCUGGUGAGGAAGCAGGCCUGA